AUGGCUGCCGAAGCUGCAAGGCGCUGCGAUCAGAAAUGGCCCGUCUGCUCCCAUUGCAAGCGCCGAGACAUCAAGUGCUCCGGUCCCACUUCCCUAGUCAAAUUCGUCCACGGCGGUUCCAGAGCAGAUCACAGAGGCUCAGAGCCCGAGCCGCUCUGGCAACACCACCGACCUUCAUCCAGCCCAGAGGCGGCGCCCGCUACUUCCGCGGCGCCCAUAAACCACCGCUUCAUCAUCACAGACGGCACUCGCCCCGUGCUGUCUGAGGACCAUGCCUACUACUCGGCCAUCGGCGUCAUCGAGACCUCGUCGCCCUAUCCGCGAGGCGGGGGCCGGCCAACCACUAUGGGCGACCGCACCGCCUCCCGCCUACUAAAUCUAGUCCAGCACGACGAGGACCUAGACUCCAUCUUCAACAUGAAGUACCUCAAGUUCCUGCCCCAGCGUAUCCCUAACAGCGGCUGCCUCCGAGACGCCGCCUCCCUCUUCUGCUCUACGUUGACAGACUACCGGCGGAAGGUGUCACCCUCGGAUUCGCAGACCAUGGACAAGUACGGAAAGGCACUUCGGAGCUUGAGGAGGGCGCUGCGGGGAGACCAGGCCGGGACCAUUGAGACUCUUGCCUCCAUCACCCUGGUGAACAGAGCAGAGGGCUACAUCCUCGGGGACUGGCCGUGGAAGCCGUUCAACCACGUACACGCGGAGGCUGUCCUCUGCUUGUCACAUCAGCUGGGACCCCCGAGACCCGGGGACGAGCUGUAUGCUGGGCUCCUGUUCGAGAACUUUAGAAAUCUAGGAGUCCAUUUCAUGAAGAAGGGCACGGUCAAUUUCUUCGGGGAGGGGGCUUGGGGCCAGGCACUAUCGGAAACGGCCCUGAGCCAUCUACCCAUGCGGAUCAGACCCCACGCCGGGCCUAUCCUUACUUUGACGACCCAGCACUACACCAACGUGCCCACGGUGCUGGCCAGCCUCAACUCCAUCUACAGCAACCCGCACUCGGGCACCUCACGGAGCACGGCGCUCAAGCUCAUGGACCAGCUGUCGGGGGAGGAGGCACAGCUGCACGACGAGUGGACGGCCCUGGCGCAGAGGGCGUGCGAGGUGGGCGAGCUGGUCGAGGUGGCGGACGCGUACAGCUUCGUCCAGAGCAGCUACCGGUUCCAGCCGGGGUUCCUGGGCGAGUUCCUGCUCAUGUCGCUGACGGCGCGGGUGGUGGUGGCGCGGAUGCAGUACGACCUGAGCGUGCUCUACGACGACCCGGAGGACGUGGAGUUCCUGUGGGACCAGUACCGGAAGAUUUGUAUCUUGAUGUGGAAGUUCGUCCCCGCCAUGCUGGACUUGGAGGCGCUGGUGUCGUUCAAGUCGAUGAUGCCGCUGGCGGUGUCGUUCGAGGGGGGCGACCCGAUGGAGCAGGAGAGGCUGCUGGACAUGGUGCAGUGCCACGAGGAGGCGCGGCGCAGCUGUCGGCCGACGGGGAGAGAGGAGUGGAGGGCGAUGCUGCAUCUCCAGGGCCAGAUGUUGACGGGGAGGAUCCCCAUGGAGGACGGGCAGGAUAUGAGCCAGUAG